AUGAACGUGGUGAUCCACAGAUUCCGCGACUAUGAGUUCUCCCCGAUGCACAACCGCGUUGUACUCGGUGACGAUGGCCCCCGGGUGACUCUGAGUCGCAUCUCUUCAUCGUCAGCUGCUCCCCAAGUGCCUUGGAUCGUCGAGGCUUCGAGCGCCGCUCGCUCCGGCAUCCCGCAGGCCGCUGUCCUCGCCGCGUCUUGUCUUUUGAUCGCCCUGCACUUGGUCAGACGAUGCUCGAAACACGGCUCUUCGCAGCAUGCCGUCAAGCCCAGAGCGUCUGGUCUUCGAUGGCGCUACGAGGUGUUGUCGCAGAUGGCUCGAGCCGCAGCUCUUGCCUUCCUCGCGGUCGCGUUUUUCCAAGGACGCGCUCACGUGCUCAACCUCGUUCUUCUCGCCUACGCCUUCACCCUUGGAUUAUCUCGUCUGGCCACGGAUGUCCUGUGGCGUCAGGCAGCCCUGCACCACGUCAACCUCGUCACCCUUGCUGAAUUGGUCAUUUUGGUUACGGCCCAGCUUCUUCCCUGCGUCGAAAUCGACUUCGAGUGCCCCAAAGAUGCCAGCGUCGUUGGAGCCACGGCCGCCCUCUCCUUCGGCCUGGCUGUUGCCAUGUGCACGCCUCGCCAAUGGAUUCAACCGCAGCUUGCCUACGCGAUUCCGGGCUUCCGUGUGCCCGACGAACCCGCCCUGGAGGAGGAAACCAGCUGGAUCAACUACUACUGCACCUACCAGUGGUUGACCCCGACUAUCUGGAAAGGCACCUGGGGCAAGCUCGACAUGUCUGGUAUUCCAAAACUGGCCUGGUAUGACGAGCCUCUCUAUCUCCUCCGCCAGGUUCGUCGUGCCAGGGCCGCCUCCAAGUCCACCCUCUGGACCACGCUGCGCUUCCAGCGAAGGGAAUUGACCCUGAUGUCUAUUUGGAUUGGUCUUGCCUAUGUUUUCGAAAACGUAGCUCCUUUUGGCAUGUUCCAGCUGCUUGCCUACCUCGACGACCCGAGCUCUGCCAUAUGUAGGCCGUGGGUGUGGUUGCUGCUCACCUUCUUUGGCCCAAUGAGUCGAUCCAUCCUGUUCCAGGGAUACGUCUUCACUUCCACUAGGCUCAUCGUUCGUAUAAAGUCUGCCAUGACCCAGGAACUGUACCAAAGGGCCUUGGAAUCUAUGGAACUUGAAGAUGAUCCUUUUGCCGCCAAAUUCGAUGACGAAAAAGAAGACAAGGAAAAGGAAAACAGCACCAAGGCCACCUCAGCCGGGCGACUGGCCAACCUCAUGGCCGCAGAUGUCGAUGCCAUUUUCAAGGCACGAGAUGUCAUAACGAUCCUGGUGGGUGUUCCUGCCGGAACCAUUGUGUCUUUUGUCGGGUUAUACCGGAUGCUUGGCUGGGUGUCCAUCGUCGGAGUCGCUAUCCUCGUGCUUGCAACCCCUAUUUCCGUCCUUCUCGGGAAGUGGAUGUUCCGCACACAGAAAAAGGUCCGAAAAGCUCAGGACUCCCGAAUUUCGCUCGUGACCGAGUAUUUAGCUUCCAUCAAAGCCAUCAAAUACUUCGCCUGGGAGAAGCCAAUCACGGAAAAGAUUAUAGAAUCCCGUGCCUUUGAACAAAAGGCGUUGUGGGGCGUGUCUGUCUUGCAAGUUUUCAUCAAUCAAAUCACCCAAAUCUUCCCUUACCUUUCAUUGCUCGUCAUGUUUGGCCUGCAUGUCAUGGUCGAUCAGCAGCCGUUGACAGCCUCCACGGCUUUCACGACAGUGUACCUUGUGAAGAACAUUCGUCGAAACAUCAUGAUGGCCAGUUAUUUCGCUCGAAGCUUUGCUGGUGCCAUGGUUGCUUUCGGCCGACUCGACAAGUACUUUUCCAGCACUGUGCCACUGGUUCAAUACCCUGAAGGACCGCUUCGUAUUGAAAAGGGAAACUUCAGGCGGAAUAGGAAAGCCACGUUUAGACUCGAGGAUAUCUCGCUAGAUUUUGUCCAGGACGGCCUGAAUGUCGUCACCGGUCAGAGCGGGAGCGGCAAAUCAACCCUCAUGCUGGCCAUCUUGGGAGAGACAUAUCUGGAGAGUGGUUCCAUCUCUGUUCCGGCCGACAUUGCUUACGCUUCACAAACGUCCUGGCUACAAAAUGAGACAAUCAAAGACAACAUUCUGUUUGGCAGCCCGAUGGAAAAGGUUCGAUACGACCGGGUUCUGACUGCCUGCUGUCUUCCUGAAGAUCUGCGCGAGCUACCAGACGGAGAUCGGACAUCAGUCGGGGAGAACGGAACGUCCUUGUCCGGUGGACAAAGAGCACGGGUAGCUCUGGCCAGGGCCCUGUACUCCAAGGCUCCCUUAUUGCUGCUUGACGACAUCUUCGCCGCCCUAGACGCGAAGACUUCUGCUGGCGUCUGGAAACAUUGCUUCUGUGGUGAAUUGCUCAAGGGCCGCACCGUGGUCCUUGUUACUCAGGUUCCAUGGAUUGCCGCACAGGCCGACCUCUCCAUCUUGCUGGAAAAGGGCCAGGUCAAGUCGGCCGAGCCCAACAUUGGGGUCGUGCGCCGACCCAUCAAGAUUGCUGAGGUCCUCGGAGGCGACGCUGAUGACAGCAGCGAAACCGACGUGGAAACACCUCCGGAACCGGAUCUGCAAGCCACAUCAGACGCUUUGAAUGACCCAGACAAGAUUGCCCAGGACGUGCCAGUCAAGGACGUCGUCGACCAGGAAGCCAAGGCGUCAGGCAAAGUUACCAGAUGGACCAUGAUUGGCUACAUGGGAUACUUUGGCCACCCAUUGUUCGCCGUUGCCUGCAUACUUGGUUUGUUUCUGGCCAAUAUCUUCUAUUUUGGUGCCAAUUUCUGGUUGUUCAUUUGGGUUGAAGCGUACGAGAAGAGCAGGCCGGUCGACGCUGCCUAUUAUCUGAGCAUCUUUGCCGCAUUCAUUUUUCUCGAGAUCAUCGCUUUUGGUCUCAUUGUCAUCACAUUUGAGUGGGGUGGCUGGCGUGCCGCCCGACGUCUACAUAAUGACUUUAUUAGAAGCAUCAUAAGUGUUCCCCUGUCUUGGUUCAAGACCAUUCCCGUGGGCCGAAUUACCAACCGAUUUUCCGGCGAUAUGGCAUCGAUUGACGGCAAUCUCAGUGGCAUGGUUCGUCAGAUCAUGGACAUAUUCAUGAUGCUCUUCUUCCGGCUGGGUGCUGUCAGCUCCAUCAUGCCCAUUUUCAUGAUUCCUGGACUCUUUACCUGCUUUAUUGGUGUGUUGAUUGGAGAAAUGUACACGCGAACCGCCGUCGUCAUCAAGCGUCUCACAUCGUCCUCGCAGUCUCCCGUAUUUUCGCAGUUUGCCGACACCCUUUCCGGCCUCGCCGUUAUUCGAGCCAGAAAGGGCAAGGCCCAGGGGUUCAGAUUCGACCUUGCGGACAAGCUCCGUGUAUGGUCUGCGACAGCCGAGGCCAACUACAAUUGCAACCGAUGGGUCGGUGUCCGGAUAGAUUUCGUCACCUCCCUUGUUUCACUCUUUGCCGGCAUCAUUGCCAUUUCUAAAGCAGGCAUUGUCGGCGCAGGCUUGGUCGGCUUCUCUCUAACCAAUGCCAACGACCUUAGUAAUACCGUCCUCUAUAUGGUCCGAGCCAUGAACGACCUCGAAGUUGAGAUGCAAAGUUUCCACCGAGUAAAGGAGUACGUCAAGCUGGAACCCGAAGACAAGGACGACAAGCCUUAUCCGGAUGAAGGUGAAGCCGAGUACGUUGAUGACGAGACUCACGUGAUUCCAAAAGACUGGCCCCGAUCCGGGGAGGUUGAGUUUCGAAACGUGACGAUCCGUUAUGAUCCCGAUGGCCCCGACAUCCUGAGCAGUAUCAAUCUAAAGUUCAACGCCGGAGAACGGGUUGCCGUCGUAGGCCGAACCGGAUCUGGCAAGAGCACGCUCGUACUGUCGCUUCUUCGCUUCACCGACAUUGUAUCUGGUGAGAUUCUAUUCGACGGCGUAGACAUUACGAAACUCCCCCGAACCCGCCUUCGGAAAAGCCUCACCAUCAUCCCGCAGGAAGCAGUCCUUUUCAGCGGAUCAGUAGAGUCCAAUCUUGAUCCCACAGGCCGGGUUCCACGGGAGCAGCUCGAAGCCGCUCUCGACAACUGCAAAGGCGUCGCCUCCUUCUCCGGCAAUGCGACGGAAGAAGACGAGAACGAGGCCGACACCGCCAUCCGCGGGCACGCCCAGGCUAUCACGCUGUCGACCGAGGUAGACGCCCGCGGGGAGAACUUCUCCCACGGCCAGCGCCAAGUCCUCUCUCUAUGUCGCGCAUUGAUCCGCAAGAGCAAACUCAUGCUGCUCGACGAAGCGACCGCCAGCAUGGACUACGAGACGGAUCGUGGUAUCCAGCGAAUUCUCCGUGACGACCUCGAAGCAGACGAUGACAACCGCACCCUCGUCACAAUUGCCCACCGUCUUCGUACCAUCAUCGACUAUGACAAGGUGGUCGUCAUGAGCGCCGGCAGAGUCCUGGAAUACGGCUCUCCCAGGGAACUCUUUGACGCAAAAGGCCAAUUCUAUGACAUGGUCUACCACAGUGGUGAAAUGGAGGAGCUUGAAGAGCUCUUGGAGGAGUAA